CAUGUGAUGUUGCAGUCAAGAAUAUUUUAGUAUUCAGUAGCUCUCGCUGUUUUCCCCCUCACCACUACAAUAGUUUUCAUGGGAGGAAAAAAUACAUCUGUUUUCUUGUGCACGGAAAUUUACAGGUGUAAUUUAUUUGCAGGUGCAAAAUAAUCCAAAGUUGCCAUAGCUUCUGCAUUGAACCGUUCCAUUUCGAACUUUGCGGCUUCUCUUCGCUGCGACGAUGUCCCCACAGCCCUCCACCUUCCUCCCUCGCCUCGCCACCGCCGCCGCUCGCGCCCUCUCCGUCUCCCCCCGUUCCUACCACCCAACGCACUACCCCUCUCCCGCCUCCGCGGCGCCCGCCUCCAGCCCGCACGCCUUCCACAAGCACCUCGCAUCCGUCGCGACGCACCUCCCCUCCCUCCUCGCCGCGCUCUCCCGCGCCCGCGCCGCGCGGCUCCCGCUACCCCCGGCCACCCGCGCGCUCGCCGCCACCGCGCUGCUCCGCCACGGCCGCCUCCCCGACGCCCUCGCGCACUUCAGCCUCCUUCCGGACUCCGAUCCCGCCGCCCCGCUCCCCGCGCCGCUCUGCAACUCCCUGCUCGCUGCGCUCGCGUCAUCAACCGGGUCCCUCGCCCACGCGCGCAAGGUUCUCGACAGAAUGCUCGUGGGGACCGUCGAGCUGGACACCGUCGGGUUCGGGGUGUUCGUCAAGGCCGUGGGCAGGAAACAUGACGGACUGGCCGAGGUCCUGCGGCUGGUGGAUAUGGUGGGCUGUCAGGGGAGCCGGAUUAGCAGGUCGGUGGUGGCGGCCAUGGUCGUUGACGGUAUGUGUAGGGAGGGGAGAAUUGAGGAUGCUUGGCAUGCUCUUGAGGAGUUGAGGUCGCGCGGGUGGAAACCAGAUUUCGUGGCAUAUAGGAUAGUGGCCGAGGAGUUUAGAGUGGCGGGGAGGGUGGAGGAGGAAGGAAGGAUCUUGAAGCAAAAGAGGAAGCUCGGGGUCGCACCGAGGAAGUCCGAGUACAGGGAGUGUGUGCUGGCACUGGUGUCCAAUGGACUGAUUACAGAGGCCAAGGAGAUGGCAGAGGCGUUUGUGUUGGGGGAUUUCCCGAUUGAUGAUGAUGUGCUCAAUGUUUUGGUCGGUUCAGUGUCUGACAUUGAUGUUGAUGGUGCUGCCAUGUUCUGCAAGUUCAUGAUGGGAAAGGGGAGAUUUCCAAGCACUGAUAUGCUUGUGCACCUUUGUGAGAACCUUUGCAAGAGUAAGAAGGGUGACAAAAUGUGGGAAAUUUUCAUGGUGCUUCUGGAGAAGGGUUAUUGUAAGAAUGCAAGGGAUUACCAUUUGGUUGUGUCAUUCUUGGGCAAGGCUGGCAAGGUGAGGGAGGCAUAUGAUGUGCUCAAGGAGGUGAAAAGAAAGAGACUAGAUCCUGAUGUUUUGUCGUAUAAUGCUCUGAUGGAAGCACUAUGUAGAAAUGACCUUCUUAGGCCAGCCAAGAAGUUGUGGGAUGAGAUGUUCACCAGUGGGUGUAGCCCAAAUCUGCAUACAUACAAUAUACUCAUUACAAAGUUUACAGAAAUGGGUGAAAGUGAAGAGGUUCAACAGCUGUUUGAUCAUAUGUUCCAGAAAGGAGUGGCUCCAGAUGGUGCAACUUACACUUCCUUCAUCACUAUGUUGUGCCAGAAAAAUAAAUAUGAACAGGCCCUGGAGAUAUUUAGGAGAUCUUUGAUGCAGGAUGCUGAAGUGGCUAGUUCAGUGUUGAGUAUGUUUAUCCCUGCACUCUGCAAACAAGGUAAUUUCAAAGUGGCAUUGAGUGUUAUGUGUUCGGUUCCAUCUAAUGUUGAGAAUUUGAAUUCACACGUCAUCUUGCUGAAGAAUCUAACAGACAUUGGAGAAGUAGAAAUGGCCCUUGAGCACCUAAAAUGGAUUAGGAGCAACUGCAGUUCUAAUUUUCAGAACAUAAUGAAUGAGCUCAUGGCUUCUCUAUCGACAUCUGCCAGUCUUCAACAUGUGACGAAGUUGAUGCAGUAUUUAAACUCACAGAGGCUUGUUGAUGAUGAUAACCCAUGGAUGAAAUUGAUAGGAGAUGUAUAUGCUUGAAUUGCAAUUUUUCAAUGAGUAGUACAUCCACCUUGCAAAAGGGGAAAGAGUGAUUGAGACUAUUAUGUGAAUUGAUCAGGCAGCCACAACCGUAUUACAGAAACAAAUCUAUAUUGCAAUUAUGAAGUAUCACAGCCUCUCUGUUUAUACCUAUCACAAAAUGGCCAGAUUACAAAAGGCAAUGUAAUGUGUACAGCAUAUCCUAGCUGUUUUCCUUACAAGAAAAGUUUCUUCUCAUUGUAGGUCUGGAACUGCAGUUUUAUCUCUGUAGGUAUCUUGGAAGAUUUCAUCUAAGUCUCUGGAAUCAUGUGUCACUAAUUACUGGUCCAAUGGUUGUUAGUACAUGUUAUGUUAGUUUUAUCUGGUAUAACAUGCUUAUAUCUUGGCACAUACUUGACUUACCGUAACAUAUUAUUUUUAUUUUCUUUACAUUUUAUAUUUCCCUAAUAUUAUGUCACCUGUAUCAGUAAGAAAACUUGUACAUGUAAUCAUAUAGAAAAGCUUGAGCUUAUACAGGCUAACAGGCAUGUUGAAUUGAAAUGGGAUAUGCUCUUUUUAUUUCUUCUCUUACCUCAUCACUGUCAAUGCUGCCAAAAUCCUCUGAGGCCCUCUUUAUAUGUAAUAUCUCUUCUCCCUUCAUUUUUCAUUUGGGUUCUGUAUGUAGUGCCUUUGGAAGGUAGAAUAAUAUUUUGCCUUCUCCAGAGUCUACCAAUAAUUGAAAUGGUUCAAAUGAUAAAGUGUGAUUUUUGGAGUAUCCUGUGGUUUAGUAAUGAACCUGGAGAUUGCUGUGAAAGUAUUACCUUAGUAUAUGACUUAGACUCUUUGAUAUAACUAUAUAUUCCAUCCUCCUUCAGCCUUCUCCUUAUAAUUUGUGUAACUUUCAUUAUUAAUCAUUGUCAUUGUGAUACAUAUCAUGAUUACUACCCUGAUGAAUUCAUUUUCUCCUUGCAGUUUAGCCUCACUUCUGUCACGUGUAUUGUCGACCAUUUCUCAACUUUAACACUGAGAAUAAUAAAUUUCCACAGCUCUUCAUCAGAAUUAGGCGCUUACCGGACACGUUUCGUCUUCCUGGGCAUGAAGAACUCCAUUCCUAAGAGGCAUUCCAACAGGGGAAAAGAAGACUUAGAACUCUGAUCCAACAGCAUGAGCAUUCCUAAGGUACUCGAUGCUCAUGCUGCAGCAUUUGCCCAGUUGGUGGUCGGAGGGAUAUCUUUACUUUACGUACGCUGAAAGAAGACUUAGAACUCUGAUCCUUUUGGCUGCCCCUGACGGCCUUUGAAGAAUUGGAUGCUAUAGCUGACCCAAAGUUAAGAUCAAGAUUGCAGCUCUGGCAAUGUGCCAAUGUCCUGAAGUCCUGAGACUUCUGACUGCAGAUUUAGAUGACUACCUUGUACCAGUAUGUAGUUUCAUUUUGCUAUUGAGUUAAGGUUUUGGAAAGUCCUGUAAGACAGGGAAAAGCAUAUUUUCAGCAAUGGCAUGUGUUUAUGUGAUCA